UUGCAGGUGUUCUGGCUCUUGGUCUGACUGUUCUACAUUCAAGUCUCUACAGAGGUAAAGAAGAUCAGACAGGGUCUUACCUUAGUAAGAAAACAUGGACACAGGAAUGAAGACCAGCAUUAAUUCCUCCUCUCAGGUUUGCUUCAUUCCAAUGUUCUCAAUUCUUUACAGGUGCCAGAUAAUGCAUCAGCAUGAGAAGUGGCAACCAGAGUUUCUUGGGGAAUUCCCCUAAGAACUUCAUCCUGUUGGGUGUCUCUGACAGACCAUGGCUGGAACUUCCUCUUUCUGUGGUCCUUCUAGUUUCCUACAUUCUGGCCAUGUUGGGCAACAUUGCCUUCAUCUUGGUGUCCCGGCUAGAUGCCCAGCUCCAUAGCCCCAUGUACAUCUUCCUCAGCCACUUGUCCUUCCUGGAUCUCUGCUAUACCACCACCGCAGUCCCACAGACUGUCAACAUGGGCAGCUCCAGGGAGACCAUCAGCUAUGGUGGCUGCACAGAGCAGUAUGCUAUAUUCCACUGGUUGGGCUGCACUGAGUGCAUCGUCUUAGCCACGAUGUCCCUGGACCAUUAUGUGGCCAUCUGUGAGCCCCUCCAGUAUGCUGUUAUUAUGCACCACCUUCUCUGCCAGCAGCUUGUAGCUGUGGCCUGGGUCAGUGGCUUCUGCAACUCCCUAGUUCAGGUGGUCUUGACAGUGCAGUUGCCUUUCUGUGGCCAGCAAGUACUAAACAACUUUUUCUGAGAGGUACCAGCCAGGAUCAAGCUGUGAUGUGCUGACACGACUAUGAACGAUGCUACACUGGCUGUGCUAGUGGCCUUCUUGGUGCUAGUCCCCCUAGCUCUCAUCCUUUUCUCCUAUGCCUUCAUUGCCCGUUCAGUGCUCAGGAUCCAAUCCUCCAAGGGACAGCACAAGGCUUUUGGAACCUAUUCUUCCCACCUGGUGGUGGUCUCCCUCUUCUAUGUACCCGCCAUUUACAUGUAUCUGCAACCACCUUCCAGCUACUCCCAAGAGCAGGGCAAGUUUAUCUCCCUCUUCUAUUCCAUAGUCACCCCCACUCUCAAUCCCUUCAUCUAUACCCUGAGGAAUAAGGAUGUGAAAGGAGCCCUCAGAAGACUCCUAGAAAGGAUCUGGAGGAUCUGCAGAUGAACUGAGAUGUGGCCAUUUCCAUUUGUCGAAGUACAUUUAAUAGGUGUAUUGUAUGCUCAAAACACCUUUCACUUAAUGAGUUAAUAAUGAAACAGUGUAGGUUUUUGAGAGAUCUGAGAGCCCCAAAAACCCCAUCCAAAAUAUUUUUACCUCCUAGGUGGUCACAGUGCCUAAAAUUUCACCUCUGCAAUAAAUUCUUUACUUCUAAGAUGCCAUAUGUUUUCAGAAAUUGUUUAAACAGACUUGGAGUUUAAUAAGUAUAUGUCAAAUUACUUAAUUUCUAAUUUUCUUAUCCUUCUCCCUCCUCAUCUCCCUAUUUUUCUUCUUUUUCUCCUGUUUGUCUCUUUCAAAUCUUCUCUCUUACUUUCCCUAUUACUCCUCUGUAUACAUAUUAUGAAAUUGAGCCACAUAUUACUUAAAAUGAAUAUAUAUUCCUCUCCAUAAAUUUAAAUCUCCAUAAAUUUUAUGACUUGCAAAAACUUUCAGGAAUGUGAUGUAUCGCUUUCUUCUUACUUUGACUUUAGAUGAUGUCUUUUCCUGUAGUUGAAAUUUCCUUCUAUAAAAAAUUUUCCCCAUUAAUUGGGAACUAGUACAAGCGCUAGGCAAACCUGCUGCAAAUGAUGUCUUUAAAGUGUUAAAAAGCAAAGUUGUCACUUUGAGGACCAAG